UGUUCAAAGUGCAAACUUAAAAGACUUUCCAAAGAAUUCCCUUUAAAAGCUGUUUCUCAUUUAUGCCAACACAUCCCAACUUGGUGCUUGGAGGUUUUAAAAAAAGAUAAAACCGAAAGCAAUGAACUAGAAGGAUCUGAAUGUCCUGAAUGUAAUGUCGUUCUCAAACAAGAAGAAAUAGAUUAUUUAACCUCUUUUUGGAAAAAAGCAUCGUUUAAGCUUAAUAUUCUGGGUAUGACUCAAGCUCACGAUUCACCAGAAGGAAUUACAAGCGAAACAGGUGAAUUCUAUGUUGUAUUGUUAAAUGGUCAAAAGUACAUGUUCAGGCUUGAAGACACGAAGUCAGUUAGAGCUUUGAAGAUCGCGUUGGCAAAAAAGACUGCUGUUGAAAUUGGAAAGCAAAAAUUAAUAUUCAAAGGUGCCGAAUUGGAUGUUUUGGAAGCUGGUGUCUUAUCUAAUGGAAAUGCUAAAAAUUAUGAUCCCAUUAUAAGAAAAAUUUUGGAGAUAGAAAGGAAUAUAAAGCUAUAUCUAGAUUCAUUUAUCUUUAAUAAUUAUCACUAUGGUGCUAAAAUUUUAAAUAUUGCGUCACUUGACGUUCCGGAUAAUUACUAUCCUGAAAAAAACAAUCUUAAGGUUUCAUUUACGCAACUCGGCGGAUUUUUGGAAUUUGACUUUUAUUUAAAUCUCCAAAUUUGGGUUUAA